AUGGCUAAAGACGGUAUCCCCGUUUUCGGGCUGAGCAGCCGUGAAGCACUCAUUACUAUCUGCGAUUACAGGCACGUUUUGCUCUUGUUCUCCUCUUACUUGGUUCGCAACGAAUCCGACUUUAAAGUCAAAGAUCUGCUCGGAGCUGCGAUUUACGAGGGGGUAAAGCCGAUGAUCGUGUCGGAAAUAACCCGCGUUGAUGAUGUGAUCAACGAUGUGGGAGGCGGGGACAAGCCGGGGGUCUUGAACAGGCUGGGGGGUAAGCCGUGGAAGAUUCGAAGCAAAUGGAGAUGCCGGAUGAAAGAACAGCUAAUAUUCGCUCUGGAGAAAAGUCCCUUCGAGUGGUGA